AUGUCCUUCUUGUUAGGACCGAUUUCUGGCGCAUUAGUCGCAGGUGGAGUCUACUAUGGGUUUUCCAACCUCAUGCAAACGAGGACUGAACAGCACAAGAAAGAUCUACAUGCUUUAAGCGUUCGCUUGGUUGAAACACCCACUCUAGUGCAAGCGCCUCCCUCAGCAGCAUCAAGGAUUAAGCCCCACCCUCUGUCAACCGAGAUCAAGUCGCGUUGGAACCAUGAAGUUGCUGUCCUCUUCGCCGGGUUCCAGAAUCUCGAUGAAAGCGCAGUUGCAUGGGGGAAGAGCUUGCUCUAUGGGCCGUCAGAGGAGGGGAGAAGUCGACCCUCAUCUUCAACGCCAUCUGCCGCUUCGUCAUGA